AUGCCCGGGCCCUCGGGACACUCGCGGCGUCGCGCCCGCGGCUUCAGGCAGCAUGGCGGGUCGCGCGUAUCCUCGUCCAACGGCGACCCCACCGCGGGAGCCGACGAGCCGACGCCGCGCUCCGCCGUGGAACUCUUCCAGGAAGCGCAGGACGCUAGCUCCGAGCUCAAGCAGCUCCUCGGCGCUCAGCCGCCGUGGUCGCGUGAAGCUGAUGCCGUCCGGCAACGCGCGCGCAUCGCACUGCUUGCUGUCAUCUUUCAGCACCCACUGAGCCCCCAUGCCCAGUCGAUUGACACGCUGUGGUUCAACACGACCUACUCUCUCAUCUCCGAGUAUCGAGAAGUGGUAGCAAGAAUCGAGGCUGCGCUCCCACCGCCGCCUGCCCGGCGCGGCGGCGGAAACGGCGGCCAGAAACAACAACAUAUGGGCGGCGGCGACGCGGCUGCCGACUUGCGGCGCACGCUCGCGCGCUUUCGGUCUCUGCUUGUCGCCGAGGACACGUUCUAUCGCUCGCUCGCGACCCGUAUCGUCGGCUUUUAUCGCCUCCAGGACAACGCUGGCGAAUACCUCGCCCUCGUGGGCAUCCCCGUCCCUGCCGUCGGCGCAGAGGAGGACCCGAGCCUCGCGCCCCCGCUCAGUCGCGAGGAGAGCGAGAAGAAGCUCGCAAUAGUGUACAAGGCCCUUGUGUACCUCGGCGACUUGGAGCGUUACAAGGAGCAGUACAGUGAGAAGGCCAGGCGCGAGGCGCGCGACGGCACAUCGCCCCGUGACACAGAGCGGUACACUCGCGCCGUCAUGUUCUACGAGGUCGCACGCGGCUUGCAGCCUGAUAACGGCCAAGCGUUCAACCAGCUCGCAGUGGUGGACGGCUACGUCGGCGACAACUUUCACUGUACCUAUCACUACUUCCGCGCACUUGCUGUGCGCCAACCGUUUCCCAGCGGCCGGGCCAACCUCGAGCGCGUACUCAAGAAGGCGUUUGACCGCUGGCGCGCGAGGCGGCACGCAGGCGAGGGCGGUAGCAACGACGAUGCGUCCGACCCGGCGCUCGACGAGGCAGACGCCUUCAAGCGCGACCUCUUGACUAUUCUCGCGAUUCAUUUCGUCAAGGCUGGAACGUCCCACCUCCGUCAGCUCCGUCCAGAACUUCUCGACCGCUUUGCGCUGUGUCUCCGCAACCGCCAACUUCCGUCCGAGACCAUUGUCAAGACCACUGCCAUGGCGAUUGGGUCGCACUGGCAGACCCGCUUUGACCAUCCUACUGUGUCAGAGACCGAUCCCAACGAGGCCGCCAAGGUGUCUGAGCGUCGCCGUGCCAUCGAGGAGAUUGCUCUGAGCUUCCUCCUUGCCAUCUUCACGGUCCUCGUGUCCGUUUCAGCCAGUGAAGUGGAGGACUCGCUGGCAGCACAGGCCGCUCUCCAGGACGACUCGGCGCUCGCCACGGACGAUGAGCCGAGAGCUGACGAAGAGCGUGACGGUACGUUGGCACUUGCCCAGCGUAUCACGGCCGUCGUUCGUCGUAUCCUCCCCUCGCUUCGUAUCCUCUCGCGCUGGCUCAAGUCACACUUAGAAUACAUUGCCAGGGCGUCGUCAAGCAGCAAUCCCGAGCUCCGCGCGACCAUUGCGACCUUUUGGACGGAAUACAAGCGCCUCAUGCUCGGUCUGGCGCGACUCUUCCCGCUCAUCCAGCUGCCUGGCCUCGACGAGCCUCUGGAGGAGGACCUCGACAUGCGCGGUUUCCUCCCUCUCCGCCGCGGCCACGCCGUCAGCGGCUCGGGUAACCCCGAAGAGUUCAAUGGCGAGAGUCCAGGCAGACAAGAGGUCCACCCCAACGAGGAGCAGCUCAUGCGCAUCUCGGACCUCUUGGUGGACGUCAAGCUGCUCAUGCAGACCGAGCCUGCUGCUGACGAGGCGCGGUCAGUGUCGGUCAGCACUGAGACCGAGGACGAUCCAGUCAACCUCGCCAUGCGCGCUACCCUCACCGAAGGUAGCAGUGUCGGAGACGAACAGCAGGAGUUUGAAGAUGACGACGAAGAGGUCAUCAUUACCCCCGUCGGCGCGCAAGGUUCGCCCAUUGCCCCUCCUCCAGCCCAUACCGCACACGAGCUCUUACAGAACCUCUCGCUGGCGCCGGCUCCGCCCGUGCAGCAACCGCCUCCCUUACUCUUCGGUGGUGACUUGUCCGGCUCGGGCAGCAUCUGGACCAUGAGCCGCGAAGAGUCACAGAAGGGAGGGCAGCGUACCACUCAGCCCAUCGCUCCAGCUCCUGUGCACCCCAUCUCAACACUGUGGCAGUAUGACGGCCCACCCAAGGAACAACAGCAGCAGCAGCAGCAGCCGCCGCAGGUCAACUUUGCUCACCACCCCAUGGCGGCAUGGCCCCAGCAGGCAGCGCAGCAACGUCCGACCCAGUAUCAGCAGCCGAGCCAGCCUUCGCCCCCCGUUCCGCCUGGACUCACGCCCCCAGGUUGGGGUCAGCAGCACAUGCACCCCCAACACCAGCACCACCAUCACCAAGCUCCGCCGCAUCUCUCCCAGCAGCACAUGCAGCAGCCGCAGCAGCCGCAGCCUUUCGGCCAGCCGCAACAACAGCCGCAGCGUCCCCCUAUCGCCCAGAACAUGAACAUCUGGGGCGCGCCUGACGCUGGUACCGCUGGCGCGGCAUACCAAGCUAGCCGUCCAGGUCCAGCCAUGUGGUCGUCGUCCAUGUACCAGGCGCCGUGA